ACUCCCAAAUCUCCCCAGACCGAACUUCUCUCUCUUUCCACUCGCUUCCCUGUCUGUAAAGCGUAAACCCUCUCUCUCUCUCUCACGGUCCAGUGUCGAGGCUUCUUCACAUUACAUCUCUCUCAGGGGAGAUAAGCUCAUGGGCAGCCUUAAAGGCUUUCUUUCUCUGCAUUAAUCGAUCCCUGUUCGUGAGGAAAAGUCACGGUUCCCAGGCAUAGGAAAGAAAGAGAGCAACAUAAAGAAAAGGGAGGAAACAGAAAUGGGCUUAGGGAUGGGACUGAACAUGCUUCUCCUUCUGGCCAUGGUGGCGACGAAUAUCCUCUCUCUAUACCACCUCUCUUCAUCCCUCCAGAGCAAACCUGCAGCUCCUCCCCCAGUCCCAGAUCACCUACUUCACCAACUCAACACAAUCAGAGCCACCAUUAACCACCUCACCCGCCUGCGCUCCACUAGCGCCACUUCCACUGCCGCCAGCACUACAAAAGCCCCAGUCCCCUCGGAUCUCCUCCUCUAUGCACACAUCUCUCCCAUUGCCUCUGCCUGCCGUGACAACCCUGAUCUUCUCCAUCGUUACAUGAACUACACCCCGUUCUCCCUCUGCCCAGAUGACACUGAUCUCUCUGAGGCUCUAAUCCUCCGAGGUUGUCAUCCCCUUCCUCGUCGCCGCUGCUUCUCUCGCACCUCUGCAAAAAUCCCUUCCUCUCUUACCUCCAACCCCUUCCCUCCUGCCCUCCCUGACUAUGCUUUGCUCUGGUCCCACUACUCUUGCAAGAGCUUUGCUUGUCUCAACCGCUUCAACGACGAUCUCGGUUUUGAUAUGAAACUUGAAUCCACCAAAUUCUUGACAACCAAAUCCGAUCUUGAUCUUACCAUUCCCCAAUUAGUCCAGAUUGCCAAGAGUUCUUCAUCGGUCCUCCGCCUCGCACUUGAUGUUGGAGCUGGAACUGGGACUUUUGCGGCAAGAAUGAAGCUCCAUAAUAUCACUGUUCUGUCCACAACCAUGAACCUGGGUGCCCCAUAUAGUGAAGUGACUGCAUUGAGAGGGCUCAUUCCAUUGCAUGUUCCAUUGCAACAGAGAUUUCCAAUAUUUGAUGGGGUUGUUGAUCUUGUCCGAUGUGGGCAUGCUGUUAAUCGUUGGAUCCCAAUCACAUCAAUGGAAUUCUUAUUCUAUGAUGUGGACAGGGUUCUGAGAGGUGGAGGGUACAUUUGGUUGGAUCAUUUCUUCAGCAAAGGAAUUGAUCUUGAGAAGGUUUAUGCUCCAUUGAUUGGGAAGUUGGGUUACAAAAAAGUGAAGUGGGCAAUAGGGAAUAAAACAGAUGCCAGUGGACUGAAGAAUGGAGAGGUCUAUUUGACUGCUCUUCUGCAGAAGCCUUUAUCAAGGUGAAACUAAGAUACAGGUGAUGUGUAACAAAAGUGGAGGGGCGAAUAUCCUCUGGGCUUUUUUACAGGCCACAUUCAUCAAUAGGACAUCUGUUUCUGAUAUUUCAAAUGAAAAGGUACAUGUUGAGCCAGUUGAAUAUGCUCCAUCAAACUUCGAGCACAUUCCUAUACUUGGGUUGCGCAAGAAACUUUUCCACACAAGUCAGGCAUUACCAAGCCACCAUUCUUUAUUAGUCUUCUUCUGAUGGAAUAACACUAAUUUGAGUUACCGAUGUCGAGUUCUGUGGGAGAACACCCUUCAAGUGAAUGAUAAGAUCCCUGUAUUCUUCAAUGUAUUGUAUCACUGUUGUAAGUCUGCCUUCUUUUCUUGUUGAUAGUUUAUUUAAACCAAGGUUAUGUCUUCAUUAUAAGUUUAUAUUGAGAACUGUUGCCUACCAUGUUCAAUUAUGUUCAAUUAAAGAUAUUUGAUCUUAACUACAAA